GUUCCCAGGGGCAGUUGGCGGAAGAGACCGCGCUCCUCGGCCGCCCGCUCUGCCUUGCGCCCGGAGAGUUCUCGCCGCCGCCGCCGGCGUCUGGUGUCCGCCCCGAGGCCCGGGGUCCGUGUGUCGGCGUCUCAGUGGCAGUCCCCUCGCUCGGCUGGGGCACAAGCGCGGCGGGCUCCCUGCCCCGACGGCCUUCCAUGGAGUAGGUCCGGGACCGUUGUCCCGAAGAGCGCGAUCGAGCUUGGCCCCCUCCUCCUCCUGCCCGCCCGCCCUCCUUCCUGCCGCGGCAACAUGGCCAACAACAGCCCCGCGCUGACCGGCAACUCGCAGCCGCAGCACCAGGCGGCCGCGGCCGUGGCCCAGCAGCAGCAGCAGCCGUGCGGCGGCGGCGGCGGCGUCACCAGGCCGGCGGUGUCGGGCAAGCAGGGCAACGUGCUGCCGCUGUGGGGCAACGAGAAGACCAUGAACCUCAACCCCAUGAUCCUCACCAACAUCCUGUCGUCGCCUUACUUCAAAGUGCAGCUCUACGAGCUCAAGACCUACCACGCGGUGGUGGACGAGAUCUUCUUUAAGGAUUGACUCAGUCUUGCAGCGAGGCUCGGAGCAGCCCAGGGUCGCAGGUAGAGGUCACACAUGUGGAGCCAUGGGAGAAAGGAAGCAGGAAAACAGCCGGCCAGACGGGGAUGUGCGGAGGGGUAAGUAGAAGUUCGUGGUGUUGGAACAGGAGGCAUUGUUUCUACAGCUUUUUGCCUGUUAUACAAAUUAUUUACUCUGAAGUUAACUCGAAAACAAGUGAUGGGUCUCAUAACACAUACAGACUCUACAUAUAUCAGAGCCCUUGGAUUUAUGUAUAUAAGGUAUACACAACCCCCUACAGACCUGUGGGACUGGUUUGAGCCCUUCCUUGAUGAUGAGGAGGUUUGGGACUGACAAUAGCUGACUAACAUGUCCUGAGCUGUGAGAGGGCAUAGCAAGAAGGCCUUCAUGCGGACCUGGAUGUGAAAGCUGGCGGAGGCUGUGUAAUGACCAUUGGAGAGAUGCUUCGCUCCUUUCUCACAAAACUGGAGUGGUUUUCUACUUUGUUUCCGAGAAUCCCAGUUCCAGUUCAGAAGAAUAUUGAUCAGCAGAUUAAAACCCGGCCUAGAAAAAUAAAGAAAGAUGGCAAGGAAGGUGUUGAAGAACUAGACCGACAUGUUGAGCGAAGGCGGUCCAGGUCUCCAAGGAGAUCACUGAGUCCACGGAGGUCUCCAAGAAGAUCAAGAAGUAGAAGUCAUCACCGGGAGGGCCAUGGAUCUUCUAGUUUCGACAGAGAAUUAGAGAGAGAGAAAGAACGCCAGCGACUAGAGCGGGAAGCCAAAGAGAGAGAGAAGGAGAGGCGAAGAUCGCGAAGUAUCGACCGGGGGUUAGACCGCAGGCACAGCCGGAGCAGGGAAAGGCACAGAACUCGUAGUCGGAGUCGUGAUAGGAAAGGGGAUAGAAGAGACAGGGAUCGGGAAAGAGAGAAAGAAAAUGAGAGAGGUCGGAGGCGAGAUCGAGAGUACGAUAAGGAGAGAGGCGCUGAUCGAGAAAGGGACAGGGAGAGGUCCAGAGAGCGGUCCAAGGAGCAGAGGAGUAGGGGGGAGGGGGAGGAGAAGAAGCACAAAGAAGACAAGGAGGACAGGCGACACAGAGACAACAAGAAGGAUUCCAAGAAGAAACACAGCCGAAGUCGAAGCAGGGAGAGAAAACAUAGAAGUAGAAGCAGAAGCAGAAAUGCAGGGAAGCGGAGCAGGAGCAGGAGCAAAGACAAGUCGAGCAAACAUAAAAACGAAAGCAAAGAGAAGUCCAACAAGAGAAGUAGAAGUGGCAGUCAGGGAAGAACUGGCAGUGUGGAAAAGCUGAGAAAACGAGAACACAGCCCUAGCAAAGAGAAGUCUAGAAAGCGCAGCAGAAGCCAAGACCGCUCCCACAAGAGAGAGCAUGGGGACGGCAAGGACCAGUCAGACAGACAGGAUAACCAGAGGAGCCAGAGUGGAGAGCCAGAGAGCCAAGAGAAAGAACACAAAAACAAAGAUGAGACUGUGUGAAGAUUUUGUAAAAUUGGAUCACAUUGAAUCCUAUAAAUGUUGAUUAAAUUCUGCUUUUCUCCCCCAAGUUGAGAUUGUGCAGUAGUUAUGCACUCUUUGAGCUCCCUGUAGGCUGUGUUUUCAUUUCUUUUGUGUAGGGAAGUGCCUUUGUAAUCCCAUUUAUUGCAUUGAUGUUUUCACCCGGUUGAGUUGACACCUGAUGCACAGAUUGUUCUUGCAUUUUUGUUUGUUUUUAAAGUGUACAGUCUGUACAUAUGUCCUGAAAAUGUUUUAAUUCCUUUGGCAUGGUUGCCAUGUUGGUUAAAUUUGUAUAAGGCAAUAAACUGCCACUAAUUCUAUUUUUGUUUGGUAGGUGUGGGAUUAUGGUUGUGUACUGAAGUUAGCAUGGCUGUGCUUUUCAUAAUAGAAUGCUAAAGACUUUGGGAAUGGAUCUUGGAUGUUUGUUUUAGGAGAAUUAUGUGCUUUCAAUAUACAUGAAGGCAACAGUUGUAGGGUUAACAUUCUUGUCCACUGUAUAUUACCUUGGAAGCUCUUGUUAAUAUGUUAUACUUAAUAUUCUCCACAGUUAAUGUUAGAAAAUUUAUGAGAGGUUUAAAUUAGGCUGUGAUUUGAUCAAAAGUCCUUUUAGCAUUCUACCUCAAAGGGACACUGUUAGUAUGCCUAAAAUUUAUUCACUUAGUUUUUUUUUUUAAACUACAUUGACAUGUGCUUUUUCCCUCCUUGAAUUCUUUCUCAGAUUUUAAAAGUACUAUAUUAAAAAAAAAAAAUGUGUAAAGCCUGGCAUUGCAGCAACCCUAUACUGACCAGUGAUGGGAGAGGGCGGGCACAUGAGUAAAGAAGCAUUCAAGCCUCAAGCUUCCAAAGCAUUUUUAUAAAUGGAGAAUACUUAAAUUAUGAAACAGCUUGAUAGAGUAUCCUUUUUUAAAAAUUCAAAACUUUUUUUAUUGAUAAUGAAGACUGCUGUUUGAGUUUUUAAACUUAAUCUAGGACAGAAGUAUUAACUAAUGCAGUGCUGCGUUAUUUAAGACUAUCAGCAAAUUAUUUGAUAGAUUGUUCUUAUGACUUGUAUUCUGAUUUCAGAAAACCAUCAUGAGUAUGGAAUAAAUACUGGAUUAAAUCCUUUA